CUUUUUCACCGCAGACGGGAGGUGGUCAUAGGACUCGCGGAUGAUGAACCACCGUGUAACAUUGUAACUGGGGCUCGGGGUAAUGGAGUGAGUACUUACAAUUAGCCGCCGGGGACAGCAUACAACAGAAUACGAUACGAAGCGGUGGGGGGCUCAGCUAUACAGGUGCCGAGGGUAAUGAGUAUUAAUACGCUCUAGCCCUACGAGUAAGUCGGGAUAAGACUGCCACUCCUUCACUCUAGUUCUGGGAUCUGUAUUGCAACCUACAUCGGCAAUCGGUCAAUAUGCUUCCUUGGUCAACCCUCCUUGUGGCCGGAUUCGCCGCGGCGGGAGCUCACGGCAGCCCGGUUGAGGUUUGUCGACGGGCCACUCCGACGGUCUACCUCGCGGGCGACAGCACCACGGCCAAGACAGGCAACGGUCUCAUGGGGUGGGGCGAGUACCUGCCCAAGUACCUCACGGUUCCCGUGGUGAACAAGGCCGUCGCGGGGCGGUCGGCGCGCAGCUACACCAACGAAGGGCGCUUCAGCGAGCUGACCAACCUGGUCAAGCGCGACGACAUCGUGGUGAUUGAGUUCGGGCACAACGACGGCGGCUCGCCCAACUCGGCCAACGACAACGGCCGCAGCGACUGCCCGGGCACGGGUGACGAGGUGUGCCGGUCCGGCAAGACGGGCGAGACCGUCUACACCUUCAACCACUACAUCGAGACGGCCGCGCGCGCCCUCGUCGCCAAGGGCGCGCGCGUCAUCGUCAGCAGCCAGACGCCCAACAACAUGUGGGAGGGCGGCCAGUACAACCCGGCGCCGCCCCGGUUCGUGGCCUACGCCGCGCUCGCGGCCAGGAAUGUCGGCGCGCCCGGGGCCACCUUCGUGGACCACUUCCAGUCCGUCGCCAACAUGUACCGUAAGCUGGGCAGUGCGAAGACCAACGCGCUCUACCCCAAGGACCACACACAUACGAGCCCCGAGGGCGCGGACCUGGUAGCCCAGGCGUUUGUGCAGGCCGUCGGGAGGGACUUGAAUGGGACGACGCCACUGAAGGGGUUUUUGAAGAGUCCCGUGCCGGUUGUGUGGUGAUUUGUGAAUGAAAACAGGAGAUCAUCUUGUGUAUUCAGGAUUGAAGAGUUGGGUAUGAAGUUCUAGGAUCACCAUAUUACUAUUGAAUUUAUUAUACUAUGGUUCGUGCGAGCGUUUCGGAGACUGAUGGAAGAGGUACGAACCAGGAGCUUAUUUAAACGAUCCUCGUCGUGAUUGCUACCUACCUUCUAAGGUACUGUAAUACUAUCCAAUCCACUCACAGUG